AUGUCGCCCACGCCGCCCUCUACAACCCCGUCGAGCGGAAGCGCUCACUCGCCCGACUUCAGAAUCAUCCGCAAACGCAAUCGAGUCCCGCUUUCGUGCGCGCCUUGCCGCCACAGGAAGUUAAAAUGCAAUCGCUCCAACCCGUGCGAAAAUUGUGUCAAAAGAGGCGAUGCGCAUUCCUGCUCAUAUGCACAAGUGAAUACCCGGAAGAAGAACCUUCAACAACAGACAACGCCGACCUCACCAGAUGAUAUGCAAAAUCGUAUUGACCGGCUGGAGGGCCUGGUCUUGUCGUUGAUGACGAAUGGUGCGCAGUCGGCGGGCCCUGCGGCUGCCAUGGCUACAAUAUCUGGAGAUAGUAGUGCGGGGUCUACGGGACUCUCUCAUGAGCUGGAACUUGAUGAUGGUAUCCAUGGUGCAGAGGAGAGUGAUACGGAGCAGGUGACGAAGUCGUUUGGUGUGAUGAAAAUGGACAAUAACAAGUCCUACUACAUCAGCGAUGCACACUGGGCCUCUGUAUUAAAUGAUAUCACCGAGGUACGGAAUUUCUAUACAACACAUAAGAAACAGUUUGAGGAACAAGCAGAAAAGCUCAAGGCAUCUCGUCCAGAGACCGAUGUUCCUGGGUCAACGCUGCUAUUCGGGGUGAUGAAACCCCUCAGCCGACCAGAGAUUCUGUCUUCUUUGCCUUCCAAAUAUAUGACCGACCUCCUUGUUGCUCGUUACUUCAACAGCUAUGAUCCUGCUACACAUAUCCUUCAUGGCCCGACAUUCCAGUCCCAAUACAACAGGCACUGGGAGGACACUUCUCGAACUGAAAUUGUGUGGAUCGCGAUGCUAUUUGCAAUGAUGAGAUUGGCCAUGCUCUCAUAUUACAGAGAAGGUGACGAGCCUCCUGAGUUCAGAGGCAAGGCUAUGGACAUGGCCAGCUCCUUCCGAAAUUCAGUUGCAGAAUGCCUGACUUUAGCGGAUUACACAAAACCACAUCCAUAUCUGAUUGAAGCUCUAGUUUUCCAUUUACAUGGUGACUUCUCGCAGACCCGGGAAGCAGAUGUGUCAGUGUGGGUUAUGACAGGUGUGAUUGCCCGUCUGGCGAUGCGAAUGGGAUACCACCGAGAUUCAAAAGUGUUCCCUAACAUCACACCAUUCCAGGGUGAGAUGCGACGGCGGGUGUGGUCAUUUGUCCGGGUAGCAGAUGUGCUAUUUUCGUUCCAAGUUGGCAUGCCGAGUAUGCUCCGGGCCGCCGACAGUGAUACAGAUCUGCCGCAGAAUCUCUAUGAUGAUGACUUUGACGAAGACUCCAAAGAACUGCCACAACCCCGACAGCUGAGCGAGCCAACACCGAUUUCGUACCUGAUAACCAAGGCUCGUCUGGUGUUUGCAUUUGGACGUGUGAAUGAGCAUGCUUCAUCCAUCUCCAAUGCUUCCUAUGACAAAACCAUGGAGCUUGAUGCCGAUCUUCGGCAUGCUAGGGAUUCAAUUCCUGAUCAUCUGCGUCUCCGCCCGUUGGAAGACUGUCAGUUGGAUCCGGUGCAACUGAUCAUGUCUCGCUAUACAGUCAACAUGGUCUACCACAAGGCACAGAUUGUGCUACAUAGACCGUAUCUCGUUCGUGCACGCGAGAACCCCCGCUUUACCUACUCUCGACGAACUUGUAUCGACUCAGCCAUGGAGAUGCUCAGAGUCCAGUCAAUUCUUCACACAGAAUCGCAGAGUGGACGUUUACGCGGUCGCCAGAACCUAGUCACAUCCCUCAGCUCAGCAGACUUCCUCUUGGCUGCGUCAAUUGCCAGUCUUGAUCUGUACCAUGGGAACACACUCCAAGCCUCGGGCCGACCAUCCGGUGACACGUAUACAUGGGGCCAUGAACGACGUGACGAGAUGACUGCAGCAAUCCAACGUUCGAAAGAAAUCUGGGAUGAGAUGCGCGACAGGAGCAUGGAGGCCUUCAAAGCCAGCAGUAUCCUCGGGGUAAUGCUUGGCAAGCUACAUAGCAAUCUGCCGGGGCUUGAGAAUAGCACCGGAAACAACAUUUUCGAGCCACAGGAUGAGAAGCAGAAUGCUGCUAUGACGCUGGGUUUGUUGAGUAGUGGGAUGAGUCCCAUGAACACGGGUCUAUCCCCUUUCUCGGAUCCGGCCAUGAGAAUGACUGAUUCGCCGAUGCCUGCAGGCGUGGGCCUAGGUGCAGGCACCUCGGCUGAAAUGCUGGGUGGGCCUCUUUCACCUUUCAGCAGCAUGUUUGGCCAGAUGCCGGACAUGCAGGCCAAUCUUGACUGGGAGGCUUGGGAUACCUACAUUCAGAACCCUAAUUUUGGCGCUUCGAAUCAGUUCUGGCCCAUGGUGGAUCCCUCAGGACAAACAGUACAACCUGCUGGAUUGACACAGCCUCAAAUUCCAAGUCCACUUGGGACAUCACGAGCAGCGAAUGGUAUGCCGACUACGCAGAACGACAUUGGCGCUGCUGGUCGGGUACCAAAUAUGUUCUCGCCACCAAACGGCGAGAGCAAUGGCUCCUCUGCGACGGGGUUUACACCCAUGUCUCAGCCAGGCAUUCACUCCGCCGAGCCUCGUCACGGCUCUUUACUCCCUCAGCAUCUUCUUCUUCGGCCACAUUGUAUCAAUUACGAUGCGCAGACCCACUUCGAUACAUUCCCAACGUCUUGUCUCAACACCCAUCUCUCUCCGCUCAUCGCCCCUCUUACACCAGAUGAGGAAGCUUUUACGAAAGGAGAGGCAUUAGAGUAUGACAUCGAUUACGACGACUUGUAUGCGAGGUCCAAAGCCGCGGAUCUGGAAGCACAAAAGGAAAGUGCGCAAGAGAAAAGGAGGUCGCGCCAUAAAUUGCUUGAUGAAGAGAUGAAGCAAGUUGACGCGGCCUCGGCUUCAAGAAAAUCAACCAAGAACUACGAGAUUAGCCCGCCAUGCGAGACAGUCUACGUGGGCAAUCUGUUCUUUGAUAUUGCAGCCGAGGACCUGAGGGCGCAUUUCGAGCAAUUCGGAACUGUGUUAAAUACGACUAUUGUGCAUGAUAAUCGGGGGAUAAGCAAAGGAUUCGGCUACGUCCAGUUCGAUACUAUUGAAGAAGCUAAGCUCGCGGUCGAAAAACAACAUAUGAAAAUCCUCGGUGGCCGUCCAGUUGUCCUACAGUACGCCCGCAGCGCUAUUCAACACAGAACAAUCGAACAUGAACCCACCAACACACUCUUCAUCGGCGGCAUUCCCUACGAACUUACAGACCGUGAUAUCCAGGAUUUGUUCAGUGAUGUGCAUAAUACAGUCGAUAUCCGGGUUCCAGUAGAUCGCCGCUCGGGUGUUCCGCGUGGCUUCGCCCAUGCAGAGUUUAUUGAUGUUCAAUCCGCGAUGUGGGGCAUGGAGGUGCUAGCUCGGAAGGCUCCGUAUGGGCGGAAGUUGAAAGUGGAGUUUACGAACCGGAAGAAGGUGGGUAUGAUGCACUCGGGGCGGCUGCCGGCAUUGUGGUCGAAGAGGGCAAUGGAGAAAGAAUCGAUGGCCGAAUCCGUUGAAAAGGCCAUGGAUCAUUCCACAGAAUCGGAUGCUCCUGAAGCUGCUGAUCGACAGCGUGCCAAAGACCCGAAGGUGGAGUAG